UAUAACAGUCAACUUAUUGGUCCGUCAUCAUGCCUCCUAAAACAAGUGGUAAAGCAGUCAAGAAGUCUGGUAAAGCCCAGAAGAACAUCACCAAGAAUGAUAAGAAAGGCCGCAAGAAGAAGCGUAAGGAAAGUUACGCUAUCUACAUCUACAAAGUGCUCAAACAAGUUCAUCCUGACACUGGAGUCUCCAGCAAGGCCAUGAGCAUCAUGAACAGUUUUGUCAACGACAUCUUCGAGCGUAUCGCUGCUGAAGCUUCAAGACUUGCGCACUACAACAAGCGCUCCACCAUCACUUCCCGGGAAAUUCAAACCGCAGUUCGUCUUCUGCUUCCCGGUGAAUUGGCAAAACACGCAGUCAGUGAAGGAACUAAAGCUGUCACCAAAUACACCAGCUCCAAAUAAAUGUCCUAAUCCUCAAUAAAAACCAAACGGCCCUUUUCAGGGCCACCAAAUUUUUUCAAACGUAUUUCUUUCAAGUUUUGUAUGAAUAUCUAAACGACAAUUUCAUAGUAGUUGAAAAAUUAUUCGUUAUCAAAUUAUAUGCGAAUAAAAAAUUUUCUUAAACAAUCUCUCACUGUAUGACGAGACAUAAAGUUCUAUUUUGAAUACACAGAAUCUAAGCUAUACAGUAUUUUUGAAUAUUGUACAUCUAUUAAAACUCGAUAGAGAUUUCAAUCUCGAGACAAGUUUACAGCGAUUGCUGAAUCAGCCUGCAAGUAAUUCACAGCAACUUUUUGAAUAAGAGUUUCCAAAUUAAAUUUUUUAUAGUAAGAAGUAUGAUUUUAUUACUAAUAACUCGACGCCUUUUAAAACGUGUCUAUUACAUAUCAUCUCUAUCAAAUGACAUGAUGAUACAUCAUUUUAUAUACUUACAUUAAGCCAUUUCUUCCAUAUAAUUAGAUAUGAUGUGCAUACGUAUAAAAUUUUUUUUCUUAUAUAAGUAGUUAAGAAUUUGGUUGUUGCAAUCAAGCAGUCGUAUAUAUAUUUUAAAUAAAAACCCUGUAAAAUGAAGAUAUAACACUUAAAUGACUA